AUGGACGAUUUGGGUAAUAUAUCCGGCAUCACUGGGCCCACUGCAACAACGAAAGGAACCCUUGUAGAGAGCCCCCUUUACCGGGUGCAAAACCUGAGAGCAAACGGCAUCUACUUCAAUCAUCCAUGCGACCGGCCUCCAGAGCACAUCACCAACUUCGUGAACCAGAUGCGUCGGGAUCGUGGCUCUCCCGGUCCAUCGGCGGAUGAUAUUUCCCAAGACAGAGACCUCCACAACCUCUCGCUGGGUACAUCAGAGUCAGAAGUGGCAACUUAUUUCCUUGCUCGCGUUUUCGUCAACCCUGGAUCGUCUGACUAUCUCAAACGCAACGAAAAACAACAGAUGAAGAGGAACCAUGUUCCCGACGCGGGUACCAACCACAAGGUCAGCACCCCUGUGCCGGACACGCUCUAUGGAUACAGAGAUGAGACAGCCUUCCACCAGCAGCAGGCCCAGCUGUUGCCCAUGUACAAAGAGGCGAUGGCCAAUAAUCAGGGACUUAUGUAUCCAUUCUUCGUCAUCGAGUUCAAGGGCGAUAACGGCAGUUUGUGGGCGGCGACGAACCAAUGUCUAGGGGGGGCAGCGACUUGUAUCAAUAUGGUGGAAAAGCUCAACGAUCGAUUCAAACAGCGCAUGAGCAACAAUCCAAUCAACAGCGCUGAUCCAAUCAACAGCGCUGUAUUCAGCAUUGCCAUGAGCGGUACGGAGGCGCGGCUAUACGUCUCAUGGAAGGAGAAUGAGCGCGAUUACUUCAUGGCGCAUGUCGACAGUUUCCUCCUUCAGGAUCCUGAGCAUCAUGCCAAGUUCUACAACUUUGUACACAACAUCCUUGACUGGGGCAGGGGUGAGCGUCUGGAGCAGAUUCGCAGCUGUCUGGAUAACUUGUGA